GUUAGUCUAUGAGUUUUAGUAUUAUGAUUAUGUCUGUUUUAUUCGAUGGUAUUUUCUAUAUUUUUGUUUUUGUGUAAUGUACAGCCGCGAGUGUGGUAAUUUACUGUGAAGUGUUAUUUUAUUAUACCUUCAAGAAACUUCAUAAACUGAAUUUAAGUAAAUACGUUAAAAAAUCCUUUGUGUAGUCUCGUUGGUUGCGAGGAUUGUGUGUAUGCAUGGUAAUGAUAUGAAAAAUGGCGCAAAGAUUCAGCGGCCCUCAGCCUAACGCAAAUUCUGGGCCUGCCCCACAAAGGUAUCCACCGCCUCCUGUUCCACCGCUAAGGCAGUAUGCUGGACCUACAUUCCCGCCGAGGCCAGGGUUCACGACCGCCUCCCCCAUGGGCACCGCGGCCGGGCCCAACAUGAUGGCCAGGCCGCAGCAGCAGGCGCCCUACACGCCCAUGAGGCAGGGCCCCGUCGCCCCGCAGACGGGCGGCAAGCGCGCGGCCGACGCCCGGCCCCCUCCCUCGCAGCCCAAGAGUGAGUUCUCCCACUCGACGAGUAAAAAGAAGAAGAAGUUGGCUGAUAAAAUCUUGCCGCAGAAAGUGCGUGACUUGGUUCCGGAAUCGCAAGCGUACAUGGACCUCCUGGCUUUCGAGAGGAAACUGGAUUCUACCAUUAUGAGAAAAAGACUUGACAUACAGGAGGCACUGAAACGUCCGAUGAAGCAGAAAAGGAAGCUCCGUAUCUUUAUUUCCAACACGUUCUACCCGGCCAAAGAACCGGCCGAGGGGGAGGAUGGAAGUGUUGCGUCUUGGGAGCUGCGUGUGGAAGGCAGACUUCUGGAGGACAGCAAAAACGAUCCCAAUAAAGUCAAGAGAAAAUUCUCUUCGUUCUUCAAAAGUCUGGUCAUUGAACUUGACAAAGACCUGUAUGGUCCAGAUAACCACUUAGUAGAAUGGCACAGAACUUCCACAACCCAAGAAACAGAUGGCUUCCAGGUAAAACGACCAGGGGACAAAAAUGUACGCUGCACAAUUCUGUUGCUGCUCGAUUACCAACCUCUGCAGUUCAAGCUAGAUCCGCGGUUGGCAAGACUGUUGGGCGUUCACACUCAGACGAGGCCAGUGAUCAUCAGUGCAUUGUGGCAGUAUAUCAAGACCCACAAACUGCAGGAUGCUCACGAACGAGAGUACAUCAACUGCGACAAGUACUUGGAACAGAUAUUCACUUGCCCAAGAAUGAAAUUUGCCGAGAUUCCACAGCGUUUGAAUCCGUUACUCCACCCUCCGGAUCCAAUUGUCAUCAACCAUGUGAUUAGCGUGGAAGGAGCUGAGCAGAAGCAGACCGCUUGCUACGACAUCGAUGUUGAAGUGGACGAUACCCUAAAGACUCAGAUGAACAAUUUCCUCUUGUCUACCGCAAGUCAACAGGAAAUUCAGAGUUUGGACAACAAAAUUCAUGAAACUGUGGAGACCAUAAACCAACUGAAAACCAACCGGGAGUUCUACUUAAGUUUUGCGAAGGAUCCACAGCAGUUCAUCAACAAGUGGAUCAUCUCCCAAACCAGGGAUCUGAAGGUCCCUGUUCAGCCCUUGUUUUACACUUACUGUCAGUCCUGUAUGAUUGCAUGGUUCACUUCACUGUACUUCUUCUUUCAAUAUAAGAUGUCUGAACUUUUUACCUUAUACGUAUUUUCUUAUAAUUUUCAAUAUAAUUUUUUAUUGGAUAUUUUCGUGACAGUGAAAGAAAUGGUAGUUGUUAAAAAUUUAUAUGGAGAUAUUUUUAAUUUAAAUAUAUUUUGUGUUGUAAAUUAAUUGUAUGUAAUUUAACUGACAAAAACAUUUUUAUCUCUGUAAACAAAUUGAGAAUAAUAACAUAAAUAGUACAGUAGAACCGUGUUAUAAUGUUUUCCUGCUUAUAUCAUCAUAUUAUUUUUGAAGUCCCAACAUUUUCUUCAUAAGGACAAUAUUUAUUUCCUGCAUAUAACAUUUCAUUGCAUACUGCUUAUAAUUUGCUUGAUAAAUUUCAAUACAUGCAAAAAAAAAAUUUUGAAACAUAACUAUUCUAAUACUUAUCCCAUCUGUGAAGUUUAACAUGCUAAAAGGUUUACUUUAUACUUUAUGUGCAUUUUUGUUUACAAUCACUGCGAUAUCAUAGAUGUAGAUUGUUCAAAUAGGAUUGUGUAGCAAAACAAAAUGUAAGUGUUCCAAAACACUUUACUACAUGUUAGUGCUGGCUAAUGCUGUAUAUUUAUUAUAUCAAAGGUACACACCGUUUGCAGUUGCGUGUCUGUCGGCACCCUUGUCUUGAAGAAGGAAAAAAAAAUUACAAAUCAUUCUAUUCCUUGCCAUUCUAGUGUUUUUUUUUUUUUUUAAAUAUGUAUGUACAUAUCCUACAACUAUUCAGCAAUGACAAGAAUAAAAAACAAAGUGUUUUCUAUUGCAAAGAAUUUUAUCGUUAUCAAAAAUUGUGAAUCUUGUACAGAAAUGUUGCAGUGUGUUUUUAAAUGCAAAUAAAAUAGAAGCUGGAAGCUUGAUGAAGUUGAAAAAAAUGUUGGCUUGGUUAAGCAAAUUCGUGCAUCGAAUGUAUUUUUCAGUGGUUUUAAUUUUAAAUUUGUUUAGUUAGCUUGAUGAGUCAGUUGGUAAAAAGUUCAAACUCUGACAAUUGCCCUGUAACGUUUUCCAGCUUAUAAUGGUUAUUCCUUAUGCCCCCUUUAAAAACAUAACGGGGUUAUACUGUUAUAGAGAACAAAUAAAAGCUAAUGAUAGUGUACGUUUGUGGAGCAGCAAUCACCGUGCUAUAACUGCAGUGUUUGGAAAUGGUGUUUACUCCACGUUGCAAACAUACAACGAAUGUCCUGCCGUAGUCGAACGAAAACUGGCAUAUUGUCGCAAGAUAAGUACUGGAACAUUUUGCUUGUGCUUUUGUGUUGUAGACGAUGACGGAUGUCGUGGGCAAUCCGGAAGAAGAGAGAAGAGCAGAGUUCUUCUUCCAGCCGUGGGCCCAGGAAGCCGUGUGCAGAUACUUCUAUACCAAAGUGCAGCAGAAACGUGCAGAACUCGAGCAAGCUCUCGGCAUACGCAAUGCCUGAGCUGCAGUCGGACAUUUUGGUGUUUUGUAUCCUGCCUGUGUGUGUGUGUGUGUUGCAGAUUUACAUAACUUUGUAGUUUUUACCUUUAUUAAGUGUUUUAAAAUUCUUUCUCAAAAUACAGUUUGGCGUAGACUAUUUUAGACAGAUUUGUUUUCAGUAUUAAAUGUGUUACUAAGU